GGUUCGGCACUAGAGACGGGUCUUGAAUUUGGUCUCACUUUUCGUAUCUUAUAACCAUUUUCUCCGAAAGAGUGUGUGAAUAAAUUUAAGAUUAUAGAAAUAAUUUUGAAUUCAUUUUUAUUCAAAUUAAUAGUACCAUGUCUUCGACCGAUCUCCGAUCAAGAGUAAGAAAAAUGUUGCAAGCGGACAAUUCUCUAAAAGAAAAAUUGAUUACGGGAUUAUCCGAACUCCUUGGAACAGGGAUAUUAGUAUUUUUGGGAUGUAUGGGUUGUGUCGGAGGUUUAACACCUAUCUCGCCUACACAUUUACAAAUUACAUUGAAUUUUGGAUUAUCAGUUAUGAUGGUUAUUCAGAUUUUUGGGCACAUUAGUCAUGCACAUGUGAACCCUUCGAUCACUGUAGGUGCAGUAGUUUUAGGUAAAAAAACUAUUUUAGAAGGAAUAAUUUAUAUUCUGUCACAAUCAGUCGGUGCUAUACUUGGAUAUGGCAUGUUAAAGAUUGUGACACCACAUGGAUCACUUAAAGGAAGUGCCACUGCACCUUUGGAGCAGUUUUGUGUUACAAAGUUGGCUGAUAAUGUUAGUGUAACUCAAGGAUUACUUAUAGAAUCAAUCGCUACCGCAGUUUUAAUGCUGAUAGCAUGUGCUAUAUGGGACAAGAAAAACGAAAAAAAUACGGAUGGAGUCUCUCUUAAAUUUGGUUUGGCUGUGACGGCUUUGGCCACGGCAGCUGGACCUUACACCGGAUGUUCUAUGAAUCCGGCUCGUUCCUUGGCCCCAGCUAUUUGGAACAACCAGUGGUCCCGACACUGGGUUUAUUGGUUUGGACCAAUGGGAGGAUCCAUGCUAGCAGCUCUCUUGUACCGAACAAUUUUUCAAACAAAAGAAUAUACCUGUGAAGAAGAAACGAUGCCAGAAACAGUAGUACUCAACAGUAUAGAAUCAGAAAAGAAUUAGUACGUUUAAAAAGACAUUUACAAAAAAUGAUUUUCACACUUGAAUAUCAAAUCCUGAACAUCAAUCGAGACACAUAUUUAAUUAAAUACCAUUAGAACAAUGGUCUCUCAGGAAGGUGAGAAAUUGCCAUUAGACAUAUGAUAAGAACGAAAUCACGUGGAUAUGGAUUUUACCCAUGAGAAUGGUACAAAGCAACAUUUUUACAAAAGUGUCACAGAAAAAAAAACAGAGUGUAAUCUUUACCCGAUUUCAGAGUGAUUUUUACCUGCAACAAAUAAUUAACUUUAUAUGGUGAGAUUCACCUACCACAUUGGGUAUGGUUAUCAUGUCAACUUCAUUUUAUCAUACUUUGUUUCGAUACGAGAAAAUUUAACGUUACCCAUUUAAAAAUUACACGUAACAAAAAUGAAUAUCUUUUUUCUUCUGUGAUAUUAAAAAAAUGGUAUAUUUUGUAUAUAAGAAAAAAUGUCUAUGAAAUACCAUUUCAUAGAACUGAAUAAAUGGGACAACAAAUAAUCCUGUACUUUGUAUACUUUUUUUCUUUUUCUUUUUGAGUACAGGUAUUGCCAACAAAAAACAGUAAAUUAAAAUCUAAAAGAAUAAACAAUUGUUGAUUAAUGC